AUGGCAGGACUUCGCGUGGUUGACGUACGCGUCGAUCAUUAUCGACAGCCAUAUACACUCGGUAUUCACGUGAAACGUCCUCAGAUCUCCUGGCGCUUCAGCGAUGCGCCCUCAAGAUUCAACCUUGGUGGCUGGGAAGUCAAGAUCCAGAAGCCCGAUGGCUCUCACUCGGUCAUAAGUGCCCCAUCCAACAGCCCCGGGAUCAGCUCACCGUCAGCCGAAUGGCCCGAAAACAUCGUUAUACAGUCACGACAAACAUACUCGAUAGAGGUCAGAGCUCAGGACGAAAACAGAAGUGAUUUCUCGUCAUGGAGCGAACCCUUCUCCUUUGAAACUGGUCUUUUAGUUCGCAGCGACUGGACUGGCAAUCUGAUCUCGGCGCCGUGGGCGGAAGAUGGCAAGAGCGGCCCGCAACCAGAGGAUCUAUUCCGAAGGGUCUUUGAAGCGAAAAGCAAAGUACGCUCUGCACGGCUUUACGCUACGGCACAGGGUGUCUACGAAGCUGAGAUCAACGGUCGGAGGGUGGGCGAUUAUUUCCUGGCCCCUGGUUGGACGGCGUACGACGGGAGACUGCAGUACCAGACUUACGAUGUCACGGAACACAUUGCGCCGAGUGCGUCGAAUUGCAUUGGUAUGCGCUUAGCUGAAGGCUGGUUCAAUGGUCGUAUUGGUUUCGAGGGCGGUAAACGAAGUAUCUGGGGCACCCGCACUGCUGCUCUUGCACAGCUUGAGAUCACCUACGAGGAUGGUUCCAUUGAUACCGUAGUCACUGAUGACAGCUGGACGACUACUCGAGGGCCCAUCAAGCUCGCAGAGAUUUACGACGGCGAAAAGUACGAUGCUACCGCGGAAAUACCGGGAUGGGCAAGCAGUGAUUCGCCUACUGGGGCAUGGGAAACCGUCCAGGUGCUUCCUCAGCUCCUCGACACGACGGAUCUCAUCUGCGGCUACGGAGAGCCUGUCAAGAGACUCGAAUACGUGAAGCCUUUGGAGUUGAUCACGACCCCUUCAGGCAAGUCAAUCUUGGACUUUGGCCAAAACCUCGUCGGGUUCAUACGCAUCAACAAUGUCAAAGGUCAACGAGGCAACAAGAUCACCCUCCUUCAUGCGGAAGUCCUUGAGAAAGAGGAACUGGGAACUAGGCCUCUGCGAGACUGCAAAGCCGAGGAUGUCUACACCCUCAAAGGUGGCGAUAGCGGCGAAACAUGGGAACCACGCUUCAGCUUCCACGGCUUCCGUUACGUCCAAGUCGAUGGCUGGCCUUCCACUGCCCUAGACCUCAAAGAAGCGAUCGAGGCAUGCGUGUGUCACACGGACAUGGAAGAAGUCGGCAACUUUUCGUGCUCCGAUGACGACUUGAACAAGCUCUACAGCAACGUCCGGUGGUCGAUGCGCGGCAACUUCCUAUCUGUGCCGACUGAUUGCCCCCAAAGAGACGAGCGCCUGGGAUGGACGGGAGAUUUAGCUUUGUUUGCGCCCACUGCCACCUUCAUCUACAACUGCUUCGGGAUUCUGAAAAACUGGCUGGCCGAUGUCGCCCACGAUCAAAAGGUCCUGGACGGCGUCCCUCCGAUGGUUUCCCCGAACGUGCUCAUCGGGCAGAAGAAUUGGAGCAAGAUUGGUGCUAAUGCGAUCUGGCAUGAUGUCGUGACACUUGCCCCAUGGGCACUUUACGAAGAGUCUGCUGAUCUUGGUAUAUUGAGAGACCAAUAUCAGUCUAUGAAGACUUGGAUCGAUGUAAUUCCCCGGAACAAGACCGGCUCCACUCAUCUCUGGGACUUUGGGCUUUUCCAGCUCGGUGACUGGCUGGACCCCAAUGCCCCUCCCGAUGAGCCCAUGAAGGCAGUCACUGAUCCGCCCCUGGUCGCCAACGCAUUUCUCGUCAGGUCCCUCGACCUCAUCACCAAGAUCGCCGCGCUCUUGUCUCAGGCCGAGGACGCGGAGCGCUAUCAGAAAGAAGCCGCUGCUGCCCGUCGGGAGUUCCAGGACGAGUAUGUCAGCAGUAACGGGCGUCUCACAUCGGACUCGCAGACGGCAUACGCCCUCGCAAUUUGCUUCGACCUCAUUUCGGAAAAACAGGCAGUCAGAGCAGGAAGUCGGCUUGCAGAGGUUGUCCGCCGCAAUGGCUUCAGGAUCGGCACCGGGUUCGCCGGGACACCGUACAUCUGCGAAGCUCUCACCCGGACCGGACAUAGCGACGUAGCCUACGCGAUGCUCCUCAACCGCAAGUGUCCUUCGUGGCUGUACCCCGUCACCAUGGGGGCGACUACGGUCUGGGAGCGCUGGGAUAGUAUGUUGCCCAACGGCACGAUCAACCCUGGCGACAUGACUUCUUUUAAUCACUACGCCUUUGGAGCGGUUGCCAAGUUCCUUGUCGAAAGACUUGCGGGCUUGCAGCGCCUGGAGCCUGGGUGGAAGCGAUCGAGGGCGGAGCCGAUCUUGGGCGCAGAGUUUACGAAUGCGUCUGCCGAGCAUGUCACGCCAUAUGGAAAGGUUGCUUGCGCAUGGAAGUUGGCGGAUGAGGGAGGGGGUCGUCUGCGACUCAAGGUCGACGUGGUCGUGCCACCUCUCACUGAGAUGGAAGUGGUUUUGCCGACCAAGGGUGGUAAGAGGGUGGAAAUAGUUGGGUCUGGUGAAUGGUCAUUCGAGACUGAAUAUGAGCGCACGUACGAAUGGCCGGUUAAAGAGCUGUCCCUCUUUCCACAGUAG